ACCGUUUUCACCGUUUAACCGUUAAGUCGUUUAGUCUGCCGCACUGCCAAGUCGAGAACUGAGACCUGAUCAAUUGGAGAGAGAGAGAGAGAUAUUAUAUAUAUAUAUAGCAAAAUGCACGGAUAUCGCAGCUACAACAUGGAGAGCCAUCAUCACGACGGCAGCAGCAGCGCCGUUGACCAGAAGCCGCUGGUCGUCGAUCUGAUCUCAACACAAUACGGCAAACCGCAAACGCCGCCGCCUUCGCCAAAUGAGUGCCUGUCCAGUCCGGACAACUCGCUGAAUGGCAGUCGGAACUCGGAGAUACCCGCUGAUCCGUCGGUUCGUCGCUAUCGAACCGCAUUUACACGCGAUCAGCUGGCGCGUCUCGAGAAGGAGUUCUACAAGGAGAACUAUGUGUCCCGGCCGCGUCGCUGCGAGCUGGCCGCCCAGCUCAAUCUGCCCGAGUCCACGAUCAAAGUGUGGUUCCAGAAUCGCCGCAUGAAGGACAAGCGCCAGCGCAUCGCCGUCGCCUGGCCAUACGCCGCCGUCUACUCGGAUCCCGCUUUCGCCGCUUCCAUACUGCAAGCGGCCGCCAAUAGCGUGGGCAUGCCCUAUCCGCCAUAUGCACCCGCUGCCGCUGCUGCCGCCGCCGCUGCCGCUGCCAAUCCCAUGCUGGCCACUGGCAUGCCCACGAUGCCCGUGCCCGGCCAUUCGCCGUAUGCCCAGUACCGUUAUGCGCCGUAUCACAUUCCCGCACGGCCGGCACCGCCGCCAGCUCCGCACAUGCAUCCGCACACGCACACGCACACACACACGCAUCCGGCCAUGCAGGCUGCGAUGGGCUAUCCGGCGGCCAUGCUGGGCGCCGCUGCCGCCGCCGCAACGAUGCCGCCCAGCUAUGGAGGCCAGCAGCUGCAGCUGCCCAAGACCCAGACGCCGCCGCUGGAUCUGCAAUCGUCCUCAUCGCCGCACUCAUCCACGCUCUCGCUGAGUCCCGUCGGCUCCGAUCACACCAAGGUCUUCGAUCGCAGUCUCAGCCCGCUGCGCAGCGCGCACCCCUCCGCCUCCGCCGGCGCCGCCAUUCACACCACGAGCAGCCCGCUGCCGGCGCCCGGUCUGCUGAUGAUGCCCAGCGCCAAGCGGCCAGCGUCGGAUAUGUCGCCGCCGCCGACAGUUCUGGCGGAGCCGAAGCCCAAGCUAUUCAAGCCCUACAAGACUGAGGCGUAG